UUCAACGGCACCCCUGCCAUGAACGCAAGGAUCUAUUUUAUGAAACCACGUCCGGACCAAAUCGUAGACAUCACUUUUCGAGAAACCUACCCACCACGUACCGUUCAAUUACAAAAAGUGGUGAAUGAUCUCCACACACGCGAUAUUUGGACACGCAACAUCCUGCCACAUUUUCUCUCAAACCCGAAACCCGGGCGCAUAUGGGCCUCAAUUUUGGGUCCCUGUAUAACAGGAGGUCACACGCCGUUAUCUGUAAUAGGUCUUUCACGCCACUCCCUGCUUAGUGGGAUGCAGGCAGGAGAUGACCUCUCCCAGUUGCCCUGGGUGGGUGUCAUUGCCUGCGAGCAUCCCCAGGCGCCUUGGCCUGAUACUAAUAGGGCAAACUGCUACCGUCGUCUGAUAUCAAUUUGCCAGCGGAAGACACGAGACACGGGUGAAAAACUCGAUUUCUUGAUAUCUUCGCAUGGGCCGAAGUUCAAAGCAUUCUGGGUGAACUAUGAAGGAGAGGAAGUUCAUCUGGAACAGAUCGGAAACCCAUAUGUCCCGAAGGGAGUUAGGUAUGCUCCAAUGGACGUUGUGGAUGAUGGUAGAUUCCUCGGAUUCGUGAUGAGAAAUUUGAAGGUGGUGUCUGCUAUUCACAACUUCUUACCUGAGGCAAUCCCAAGUUCUACCUUGACACGAGGCGCUACCCAAGCUCCCAUUAAAUAGGUAUUGCACAAAGUGUUCUCCAAUACAAUGUAUGACAAGCAUCCGCACAGCACAUGGAUACCACCGUUUCCGACAAGGACCUACCUCGUUCUCCAACUAUGAUGUCAACACGGAAAUUCAGAGUGAAACAGGAAUGUUUCUGCAGCGCCACGGACGAUAGGAAAAACGCCGACCGGGGUGGACGCAAGAAUGAUUGCUGUGUAAAUGAAGAAAACGUUGUUAAUGAAUUCAUACCCUUCGCGACUUGCACUCGAUCUGCA